CACAGCUUUGUGAUGACUAGAUUAGAGGCAGCUGGAGCCAAAACGGUUGCAAAACAAAGAAGACCGUUGGCACGCGUGUAAUUUGUAGACGUAGUUUAUAAUCGAGUAGUAGAAAAGAUUCCCAAACAUAAAAGUAAAACUUGGUGAAAACGGAUCAUUAUUUUGAUGUAGAAUUAGUACGAAUAAAGAUAAAAUGUUGGAAGAAGAGAGUGAUUGGGAGGAUUUACCGGACAUCCUGUUGGAGGACAUAUUUACUCUGUUAGAGCCUCGUUAUCGACACGAAGCCUCACAAGUUUGCCGCCGCUGGUAUGAAACCUUUUAUGCUCCAAGAGUCUGGGAACAUUUUAUGUUGAAGGGAAAUAUCCUGACCAAAAGACGGUACAGCAUUUUUAAAGGGUAUCAGCGAGAAACUUGUCCAAGGAAAACGCAAAUUUGUCUGCACAGGGUGGGAUACCUUUUCAAGAAAAUUACUAUCACACCCAUUCAUGACUUCCAGCAUGUAUACGAGUUUAUCCGCAUACUCCGUGCAUUUCUGGGUUAUUUUGAUGAAUUCCCGAUGCCCCUACUGCAUACGUUCCAUUUUACUUUCACUUGCGAGACAAGGGGCAUCACCGGUGUUAUCUUGCAUGGAACCGGUGGUAAAAUGAUGGAAGAGCUUCGCCAUCUUCUCCAAAAUAUGAAAUUGCUGAAGGACCUGAAACUAAACAAUCUUAUGUUAGAUGAAGUUGAAGUUUCUGGCUUGUUUGAAGCAAUUGCUAAUAACUGUAGCGACACAAUCCAGACACUGGAAAUUUUGAACUUUACGAAAGUUCCGCAUCCCAUUCUUGACGUCACGCUGUUUGACAAUUUACAUACGUUGAGAACAAGUCCCCAGCACCUCGAUGACGAAGUUAUUGUCAUUCUUGCAUCAUCAGGUGUCUCUAACCUUCAUAUAAUUCAAGGACGUUAUACUUGCAACGCUGACCCAGUGUCAGACGAUGCAUGGCGUCUGCUCAAGGAAAUGGCGCCACAUUUCCGAGUGACUUUGGAAGUUCGUGGUCACACAAAAACACCGUUAAUGCUUCAACCUCACGCCCCUGUAAACCGUAUCGUGUACGAUUCAUCAAACUUGAAAUUCCCUCACGAGACGGCUAUUUGGAUUGUUCACUAUUACCAUACAUUACUUGAGAGUUUUGUUCAAAAGCAAAUCCCGCGAACACAUGGACCUCGAACUUUUCAUGAUCGAGGUGACGCCGCCUUUUUGAUGUUGGUCAGGAGUUGUCCAAAACUUCACACGCUUAUCAUCAGCGAGAGAAUUUGUACAGCGACAGCACUUGUGAUCGCCAAAACAAAACCAUCUCUUCAGAAAUAUAUUGUGCGUAAAAACGGACUUCUGAAAAGAUGUGAUGGCCCCAAAACGGACAACUUCUUCAGAAACGCAGAUAUUAGAAAGACGGCAAGAUCGUACGAGGCAACCAACCAACAGAUUUCUGAAAUCCUUGGUGGAAGAUGGAUUCUAAUGUCAGACAGACACUUUAAAAAGUUGUGAGCUUGAGUUGAAAACAGUGAGCUCUAUUUUAUGAUGCUGCAUGGUGCUUUCAAUAUAACUAAAUAUUUGUAUUUUUGUAUUUUUUUAUCAUAUAAUUUCACGUAUAACAAUAUUUUUUCACCAAACCAAUUUUGUAUAUAUAAUGAUUUUGUUCAAUUAUUUUUUUUUAAUUGUAUUACAAUAUUUUUCAUAUAACAAACACCCAUCCUUGUUGGUAAAGCAACAUUUAAGACACGGAGCAACACCAAAACUUCGAAUCUUGUUCAUAUGGAGCAUAGUUAAUACUUGAAAAAAGAAUGGACUUAGCGUAUCAAUGUGCUUCAAGAUGAAAAUAUCGUUUAUCAAUUUUUGAAUGAUUUUUUCCCUGCUAGUCCACAGCACAUAUUUUAAGCUCAAAAAGGAUGUCAGUAUUUAAUUUAAGAGUUGUCAACACAAGUUCAAUAUAAAGAUCGACCUGAGUUUUUUUUAUUUGUAUCGAUGCUAUAUCAUUUUAUAUAUUUAUAAUCAUUGGUGUUGUUAUCAGUUAUUUUGUUGCCAUAUAUAUCAUAAAAUAUUUACAUGUAUUUUUAACAUAUUAUAAUGCGAUAACUUCUGUUUUAUCUGUUUUUGUACGUAUUAACUUCAUACAAUUGUUUCAAGCCAGUUUCUAUUCUUCACUGGGGUUCUUUCUGAAUACAUUACGGUAUAUAUAAUUGAUGCUUAUGUGAGGUGUCCUUUGUAAUUAUGAACCUUCUAAGGGGCGUGGAGGCUAUACUUUUGUGCUGUAUUUGAAAAAUAAAAAAGUGAUACAAAAUAUGC